UUAUUUCCUGUGUCACACCUAAGUACCGGCUAGAUUUCGGGCGGCCGCAGUUUACAAAGUCACGGAAAACUAAAAUAAUCUUUUGAACAAUGCAAGCUAUAAAAUGUGUGGUAGUAGGCGACGGAGCUGUGGGAAAGACAUGCCUGCUCAUCAGUUACACAACCAAUGCCUUCCCAGGAGAGUACAUCCCUACUGUGUUUGAUAACUACUCGGCAAAUGUCAUGGUGGACAGUAAGCCAGUCAACCUGGGUCUGUGGGAUACAGCGGGACAGGAGGACUAUGACAGACUGCGGCCUCUGUCCUACCCACAAACGGACGUGUUCCUCAUCUGUUUCUCGCUGGUGAGCCCGGCAUCCUAUGAGAACGUCAGAGCCAAGUGGUACCCGGAGGUAAGGCAUCAUUGUCCCUCUACACCUAUCAUCCUGGUGGGUACUAAGCUAGAUCUGCGGGAUGAGAAGGAGACCAUCGAGAAGCUGAAGGAGAAGAAGCUGGCACCCAUCACUUACCCUCAAGGCCUUGCUUUGGCCAAAGAGAUAGAUUCGGUGAAGUACCUGGAGUGCUCCGCUCUGACGCAGCGCGGGCUGAAGAAUGUGUUCGACGAGGCCAUCCGCGCCGUGCUGUGUCCCCAGCCCACCAAAGUCAAGAAAAAGGGCUGCUCUCUGCUUUAAGGUCUCUGUGAGAAUACGCACGGGUACCAAUCCAAAGGAAAAACUGCAAGGGCGAGUUUGUGAAACAAUCUGAAUAGUUUAUUUUCAAAAAUAAUUACAUUUCAGUUCCAGUUAAAAUCAAUGCACAAUGUACGCCAAAAUCGAUGUACAAAAUGUUACUACCUUACUAUUUAAAAUGUUAUGAAUUACCAUAAAAAUGUUGACAUGUUUGUCUUUGACAUAACAAAUUAUGUAAUGUAUUGUUAUCCCUUUUUAAUCUUUCCUCCAUCUUAAAAAUAGAUUUUGCUGUUGCACAGAAAACGUGUGCAAGGCUAAGUGGCACGGUAUGUUACAGAUUACAUAAAUACAGUGUUAGUGUUGUAGUGUAUUAGUGUUGCUUACAUCCACAUUUAUUUGUCACUGGCUGACAGUGUUUUAUUAUUUAUUAAAUUGACCAAUUUUUCACUGUGAAAAAAUUGACAGUAAAAAAAAAAAAACAAUGCUGUAGCUGAUAGGGUAUGACUUGAGUUUCACAGUGUCGUAUACUGUCGACACUGAUUCACAGUGUCGUAUAGCCCCAUAAUGGACAUAUGUUAGUUCAUAACUUUGAUACACUGUAUGCUUAUAAAUGUACAUCAGCACCUACAACAACCAUCAGGCACUGCCAAGGACAACCUAAAUGGUGACAUGUGAUUUGUAAUUUGUUUUUGGUAUAGCACUCAUGAAUCCUGGAGUUAAACAUUUUUAAGCAUUACAGUGGUGUUAUGUAGAUAUUACAUUGCAUCUUAACACCUUGUAAUGGUACUAUUUUACUAAAGAGUUUAUUACUGUAACAUACUAUAUUUUCUUUCAAACAAUGGCAGGCAGCUUUACUGUAGGUACUGUUUUAACAUGACCUGUGUCCCUGAAUUUCACUAUGUUUUGUUUGAAUUUGAAAUUUUGGCCAACAGAAUGUUUAAAUGCAACAUAUAAGACUGUUAAAGUUGAAAAAGGCAGGAUGUGUGAGUGAAUAAAGCUUUGUCUGCUUGUCCCCCUUCCCACAUUGGUCCAAACUUUUGGCAUGGCCUGUCUGAGCCUGUGGUUAUAUUCAAUCAAAUAGUAUGAUCCUGCAGGCAGGAGAUAGCCAGAACACCCCACUGAGAUCAUUCUGAAAUCAGGGAGAUUGUGCUGUGAUUGGAGGCUGUGUGGGUCAUUGCUCAGUAAAAAUCCAGAUAAAUAUCCAUGGCCUAGAAGGAAUGUGAGUGUUAAUAAAAAUUAGCAUGUCAAAGCAAGCCUGAUGAGCUAACAGUACUUCAUAUCUAUUUCAUAUAUAGUA